AGGCACGUGACUCCAAAUGGCCGCUGUCGCUUCCUCUGCCUCGCGCGCAGCUCCGUCCCCACUUCCCGUCUGCCCGUCCGAGUCGGUCCGACGCGCGCGCCGUUUCUGAGUCCGCUUUGGAGGUCACUUGUGCACGCGGAGGCUUUUACACGCACAGCACGAGAAACGGCGGCACGAGCCUUUGGAGUAACAUCAUCACUGCACACCGCGUCAGAACCGAACCGAACCGAGCCGAGCCGAGCCGAGCCGGGGAGAGAAACUUCGAUCGGUCGCGAGACGCCGGUGGGAGGAGCCAACAGGUUACCGCUCACAGUGAAAGGAUGGCACACACUGGAGGAGCGGCCCAUGAGGGGUGAAACGGGACACUGUGGCAGCCCAUAGCCACACUGAAUUGCCAAGUACAAGCAGUGUGGAGGUACCCAGUUCCAGCGGGUCAACAAAUAGCCCACCAGCUUGCUCUUUGCAGGCAAUGUUUGCUGAGCUGGUGGAGGAGGACACAGGACACAAUCAACAAGAAAUCACAAUCAUCUCGCAGAUCAACCACUAUCUAGCAGAACCCGUAAUGCUACGCAGUGGACAGCCACUUGCCUAUUGGCAGGGAAAAGAGGACAUAACACUAAUGGCUGCUCACUUCAUUUCAAAACACCAAAGGGAACCUUCUAAAAGCUCCUCAGAACCUCAGAUUUCUUCCUAACUUGUCCCCCCUCCCCUUUUGAUCAACUGGACGGCCGAAACAGCACUACAAAGUUGUCCUUCAGAGACUUCAAACCAGAAACCACCCUAAGGAUCUGAAUCUUUGAGAAAACACACACACACACACACUUUUUCGAUGGGGGAGGAAUCCCCGUGAUGCAUCCCUGAAGUGGCUGUUUUGGAUUUUGUGGCUUGUACGUGUGCUGAGACAGCCAUGUCGGGGAAGGGCUUCCCUGUGGCUCACUUCUCCUACUUCCUCCCUCAUGUGAUUGGUGGGCUCUCACCGCCCUCAAUGCCGACCAUGUCUGUGAGCGGAUACAGCACACCCUCACCAGCUACCGUGGAGACACAGAGCACGAGUUCAGAGGAAAUCGUCCCCAGUCCGCCGUCUCCUCCUCCGCCACCGAGGGUCUACAAACCCUGCUUCGUCUGCCAGGAUAAAUCCUCUGGCUACCACUACGGCGUCAGCGCCUGUGAAGGCUGCAAGGGAUUUUUCCGCAGGAGCAUCCAGAAGAACAUGGUAUACACGUGUCACCGGGAAAAGAGCUGCAUAAUCAACAAGGUGACGCGAAACCGCUGCCAGUACUGCCGCCUGCAGAAGUGUCUGGAAGUGGGCAUGUCCAAGGAGUCGGUGCGGAACGACAGGAACAAGAAGAAGAAGGAAGAGAAGAAGGUGGAGUGUGUGGAGAGCGGCGUAAUGAGCCCCGAUACAGAGCUGAUGAUCGAGCGUGUGAGGAAAGCGCACCAGGACACAUUCCCCUCGCUCUGUCAGCUCGGCAAAUACACCACGAGUAACAGUUCAGAGCGACGUGUCUCACUAGACGUGGACCUGUGGGAUAAAUUCAGCGAGCUCUCCACCAAAUGCAUCAUCAAAACGGUGGAGUUCGCUAAGCAGCUUCCUGGCUUUACCACGCUCUCCAUCGCUGACCAGAUCACUCUGCUCAAAGCCGCCUGCCUUGACAUCCUGAUUCUACGCAUAUGCACACGCUACACACCUGAGCAGGACACCAUGACGUUCUCAGACGGGUUGACGCUCAACCGCACACAGAUGCACAAUGCUGGCUUCGGGCCGCUCACAGACCUGGUGUUUGCAUUCGCCAACCAGCUGCUGCCACUCGAGAUGGACGAUGCAGAGACUGGCCUCCUCAGUGCCAUCUGCCUGCUGUGUGGGGAUCGUCAGGAUCUGGAGGAGGCCGAUAAGGUGGAUGUGCUGCAGGAGCCACUGUUGGAGGCACUGAAGCUCUAUGUGAGGAAGAGGAGGCCCCACAAACCCCACAUGUUCCCUAAGAUGCUGAUGAAGAUCACAGACCUGCGGAGCAUCAGCGCCAAAGGGGCAGAGCGUGUGAUCACACUAAAGAUGGAGAUCCCUGGCUCGAUGCCUCCUCUCAUCCAGGAGAUGCUGGAGAACUCGGAAGGGUUGGAGAGCACGGGGGGUGGAGCUAGUUCUCGGUCAAACCCUGCCCCCUCAGGCAGCUGCAGUCCCUCACCCAGCUCCACCCACAGCAGCCCAUCCACGCAGUCGCCCUGACACACACACCAUAUCCUCCUCUUCCUCUUGGCUCCGCCCACUCACUGCUGCAGGGGCUCAGUUGUCCACCGCUUCCUGUCUCUCUCCCUCUCCACUGCUGUAAAGACUCAUCAGACAGAUGGAGGAGAGAAAGUUUCACAGACAUGAAAAAGCAAACGAGAGCAAAGAACUCAACUCUGAGUGUGCACUUUUUUCAUUUUCUUUCUCCAACAUCUCAGGCCUGGACUUCACCACAACAAAUGGACUUGGCCUUUACUUCAGAGAGGCUGUUUUUUUUUGUUUGUUUUUUUUAAUACACAAAAAUAUAUAUAUAAAUAUAUAGAGAGAAGAACCCAGGAAUGACUGUGGAAGAACAAAACAACAUGGACUUGGAGUGUAGCUGUAUUUCUUCACUGAAUUUUUUUUUUUCCUCUCUUUUUAUGACGUUAGAGAAAAUGGGGGGAAAAUUACAGAGUGAGUUAUUGCUUUAUUUCAGACUGAUGAUGCAGUUUUUCAUGGAAAUGAAAAUGUCAAAAAAAAUUUAAUUUACACUCGUAAAUUGUGCACAGAUGAAAUGAUAUAAAACUGUGGUUGAAAAAA